AUGGUCGCGUUCAACAGCAUCGCCAUUUUCGUGGCGCUUCGUUUCCUCCUCCUCCUGGGCGCCUCAUCUCCUGCAGCCGCCGUCCCGGUUCCUGCCGCCGACGCCGCUGCCGCCGCCGGCUCGUCCUACUGGCUUGCCGAGAUUGAGCGUAACGGCAAGGUCGCUUUCGGGUCCUCCGACUAUACCAUCUUCCGCAAUGUCAAGGAUUACGGUGCCAAGGGCGAUGGCUCCUCUGACGACACCGAGGCCAUCAACAAGGCCAUCAGCUCUCAGAGCCGCUGCGGAAAGAACUGUGACUCGACCACCGUCACUCCCGCUCUCGUCUACUUCCCGCCCGGCACCUACGUCGUGAGCAAGCCGAUUGUUCAGUACUACUACACCCAGCUCGUCGGUGAUGCGGUUGAGCUCCCCGUCAUCAAGGCCGCCGCUGGCUUCAGUGGCAUGGCUGUCAUUGAUGCCGACCCUUACGAGGAUGACGGUGCCAAUUGGUUCACCAACCAAAACAACUUCUUCCGCCAGAUUCGUAACUUUGUCAUUGACCUCACUGCCAUGCCCGCUUCGUCUGGCGCUGGUAUCCACUGGCAGGUCGCUCAGGCCACGAGUCUGCAGAACAUCCGUUUCGAGAUGGUUCAGGGUGGCGACAACAAUGCCCAGGAGGGUAUCUUCAUGGACAAUGGCUCCGGUGGUUUUAUGGCCGACCUGACCUUCAACGGUGGCAAGUACGGCGCUUUCCUCGGCAGCCAGCAGUUCACCAGCAGGAACUUGACCUUCAACAACUGCGGCACUGCCAUCUUCAUGAACUGGAACUGGGCCUGGACGUUCAGUUCGAUCAACAUCAACAACUGCAACGUCGGUCUCGACAUGGCCAACAGCCCUUCUAACCAGACGGUCGGUUCCGUUCUGCUCAUGGACAGCACCAUCUCCAACACGCCCAUUGGUGUCAACAGCUCCUUCGCUACUGACAGCGUUCCUACCACCGGUGGUACCCUCAUCUUGGACAACGUUGAGUUCAAGAACAGCGAGACGGCCGUCAUGUCCCGCGGUUCCAGUGUCCUUGCGGGCAACCAGGUCGUCAAGUCGUGGGCUCAGGGUCGCUCGUACACUGGUAACACUGGUACUCGUGUCCAGGAUUCUAUCACUGCGCCUUCGAAGCCCUCCAGUCUUCUCGAUGCGUCUGGCAAGAUCUUCGAGCGCUCCAAGCCCCAAUACGAGGGUUACCCUGUCAGCUCGUUCGUCAGCAUCAAGUCUGCGGGUGCCAAGGGUGACGGUUCCACCGACGACACUCAAGCCAUCCAGAAGGCUCUCGACUCUCUGACCGACGACCAGAUCCUGUACUUUGACCACGGCGCGUACAUUGUCACCGACACCGUCAAGGUCCCUGGUACCAAGAACAUCAAGAUGACUGGUGAGAUCUGGCCGCUCAUCAUGGCCAAGGGCGCCAAGUUUGCCGACCAGAACAACCCCAAGCCUGUGUUCCAGGUUGGUACUGCUGGUGACACUGGUGGCGUCGAGAUGAGCGACCUGAUCUUCGAGACUGCCGGCCCUGCUCCCGGUGCCAUCCUUGUCGAGUGGAACCUUGCUUCCAAGGUCGCCGGCGCUGGUGGCAUGUGGGAUGUGCACUUCCGCAUUGGCGGCUCUGCUGGCACCCAGCUGCAGUCCGACACCUGCUCCAAGAACCCCAACUCCACCCACAGCGCCAACGAGGAGUGCGAGGGCGCCUUCCUGCUCUUCCAUGCUACCAAGUCUGCCAGCGUGUACAUUGAGAACUCUUGGUUCUGGGUUGCCGAUCACGAGCUUGACCUUUCGGACCACAACCAGAUCGACCUCUACAACGGCCGCGGUGUCCUGAUCGAGUCCCAAUACCCCACUUGGCUCUGGGGCACCAGCUCCGAGCACAGCGUUCUCUACGAGUACCAGCUCAACAACGCUAAGAACGUCUUCAUGGGCCUCAUCCAGACCGAGACGCCGUACAUGCAGGGCAACCCCGACGCCACCACUCCCUUCACGGUGCAGGCCGCUUACGGCGACCCGGACUUCAGCACCAUCACUGGCACUCGUGCCAAGAAGGCGUGGGGUCUCCGCAUCAAGGACUCUCAGGACGUGCUCAUCUACGGAGCCGGUCUGUACAGCUUCUUCGACAACUACAACCAGGAGUGUCUUGCGACGGCCGACUGCCAGCUCCACAUGGUGGCCAUUGACGGCACCAACUCCAACAUUGACAUUCUCGGCCUCACCACCAAGGCGGCGGCCAACAUGGUCACGGUUGAGGGCAAGGGCGUCGUCACGGCCGACGACAACAAGUCCGUCUACGGCGACACCAUUGCCAGGUGGACGGCGUCGUAA